CAAACAAAAUUAACGUCAACCCUUUGCCUCCUCAAUAAAACGAGGGAAUAAACAAAAAAAAAAUUAACGUCAAAGUCAGCUCAACACAAUGUUUUGUUUCGAGUUGAGCGGUAGUAUUUGCUUGCGCUACCUAUUUGUUUAUGGACGAAUACAAUUUCCCGGUACAGUACAGAAAAGAAUAAAUUACUAUUGGUGUCGUGUGUUUUAAUCAAAAUGUCCCGAAGGAACGGUACAAUUCAGGGAUCCCGAAGUACUAGACAAAGUAUGACUACUAGCCACGACAGGAAACUUAGGUAUCGCGCCCUUUUGGAAGAUCUUACCACAAUCGAUGAUGGCAGCACAAAUAUGGAAUGUAUGGAAAGGACAGCCAAUGCUGUACAAGAGGCUCAAUCGCUAUUGGCUGAGGGCAGCAUAGAGGAGAGAGCUCGACAUCCAGGUGAAAGCUACUUAGACUCCCGAGUACUGAAGGCAACCAGUGAUUUAGCAGUGCGAUGUUCAGAGGCAGUGAGCGGCAAUGCAAAUGUUUAUGAUAGGCACGAAUUGGCAAAGCAUAUGCGCGAGAACCCCCAGUUCUGGAGCGUGGAGUUCCCGCGCGCGGCGCCGAGCGCGCCGUUCCUGUUCGGCGCGUUCUCGGCGUCGGCGCCGGCGCAGCGCCCGCGCGCCCGUCGCGCCCGUCGCGCCCGACUCCCGAACGCCGCCUUGAAAGCGCCCGAGAAUGUUGACAAAUUGGAAAAAACCGAAGAGGGUUCGGAAAUGGUCAGCCGCGUGAACCGGUUCAUCACGAAGAGUUACCGCAACAGCGGCCGCCCGCUGAGCUACUUCCACGUGGUGCUGGACCCGGCCAGCUUCUCCAGAACCGUGGAGAACGUCUACCACGUCUCCUUCCUAGUCAAGGAUGGCCUGGUCUCCGUGCAGCUGGACGAAGAGCACGGACUGCCGUUCAUAACGCCAGUGGACCAGACGCAGCGGGAGCGACACAACCUGUCUGAUGAGAACCAGUUCAUCGUCUCCAUCGACAUGCAGCGGUGGCAGGACAUGAUAGAGGCGUUCCGGAUUAAAGAGCCGAUGAUGGUGAUAAAACGCUAAUCAACUAUAAUAUGACAAUUAUGAUUAUUGUGCUGUGAUUGUUGUUAAUUAAGAAAUAAAACCGUUGAUUUUUG